AUUCUUUUUGGAUGGUCGUUUUGGAUAAGAUAAGUUUACAAGCCAUCGGAAUAUUAUGGAAAUGUGCAUUCACAGUUUUGUAUUUCUUAUGCAAGCUAUUCACUUGAAAACUACCUCCUCCAUAUCUUUUGAUAUGGACCUUUAUCUGCCCGAUGGAAGUUACACCUUUGGAGUCGGGAACAGCACUUUUCUGAAGUCAUCUGAUGUAUUCUUCAAAGUGGACAAAACUACAUACUCUCUGAAAGACCAGAGCCUGAAAUUCAUGAAUCGACAAAUUUACAGUGGAAGCGACCAGCAUGGAAAAUAUUCUAUUAUAAAGAACUUCUAUCUGGCUGGGAAAGCGAACAUUUCAACGUCAUUUACAAUUUAUGAUGAUUGUGAUGCUGUUAUUUUCACACAGACAUAUCAUAACGAUGCCAAAGGAACAAAUUCGGACUCAUACGACAAAACAAUUUCUGGUUUCCCUAGCUUUAGGGUGGACAGCUAUGACACAGAUUUAGGCUACCUAUCAUUUGAUGGUUUUAUGGCAGGAGACACAAAAAAGCACAUAGGACGAUGGAACCUACAGACAGACGCCAUUGGGGAUGGACUACGAGGAGGCCCUCUGGCGGUGUUUGACGAACAAGGGAGAACAUUUCUGAUCUCUCCAUUCUCAAGAUUCAUGGCGGCAUCCGCUUGGCAUGAUUCUGAAACAGGUGGCAACAUAUUCUGGGGUAUAAUGGGAGGUGUCGAUGAAGUUUCUGAGAAUUUCACGUACAGCACUAUCAUCUAUUACGCCAACGGAAUAAAUAAGGCUUUUGACGGAUGGGGCGAAUUCCUCCAGAGACAAUACGGGGAGAAGGAAUGGUAUACUUGGCAAGACGAUACCAUUAUUUUUCUGGGAUACUGGUCAGACAAUGGAGGGUACUACUACUUUAAAACAGAACCAAACAAAACAUAUGAGCAGACUAUGACAGAGGUCAUUAACCAAGAAAUCAAUGUUGCGGGAUUGAAUAUGGGAUACAUCCAGUAUGAUUCUUGGUGGUACUAUACAGGAGCCGGAAAUGGCGUAAAAACAUGGCAACCGAGACCAGACAUCUUUCCAGAUGGACUCGAGUCUAUUGACAACUCUUACGCAAAGCAAAAUGGCGGGAAAUAUGAUUUCCUCAUAGAGGAUCUCGGUGCUCUUCCUCUACAGCAGGAAUUUUGGGAUGACUUGUUUACUAAUGCUUCAAAAUGGGGAAUGUUCUUGUAUGAACAGGACUGGUUAAAUGGAGAACUGGACAGAGUUGAAAAGUUAAAGACGGACCUCUUUCUUGGAGAACGUUGGCUGACACAGAUGCAUGACGCGGCUGCCAAGCAGUACAACUCGAUCCAGUACUGUAUGUCAAACCCACGUCACGUGAUGCAGGCUGUAGCUCUUCCCUGGGUUACACAGGUUAGGGUUACGCAAGACUAUCACCCCGGAGGCGAGCAAUGGAGGAUUGGAAUUACGUCUUUAUUUGUGGGUGCUCUUGGAAUGCGACCUUUCAAGGACAAUUUCUGGACCUCAAAAUCCCAACCCGGAGAUGAAUCAGGAAAGAUUGAGCCUAACAGCGCUUUGAAUGCUGUGGUGUCCACACUCUCAAUGGGGCCAGUGGGACCCAGCGACAGAAUGGGGGCUAUCAAUACCUCCCUUUUGAUGCGAUGCUGUGGUGAAUAUGGACAUAUCUACAAACCAGACAGGCCCAUCACUGCCACAGACUUGCAAAUCAAAAGGAAAGCCUUUUCAGAUGUAGACAUGGAGGUUUGGUGGUCGUUCACUAGAAUCAGGGUCAACAGUACCGCUAUCGAUGUAAACUGGACGUGGGGCGUGGUCUUGGCAGUGGACACACCUAUUGGUCUCAAACUUCUCAAGGAGGAUUUAAAGUUUAUGGUUGGUUCAGAUCAAUGUAUAUCAGAGCAACUAGCAAUGGCGUCUCAACACCAUAGUGACAACAGCAUAACCACCCCUAAAAACAACAUCCAGGGGAUCCCAGAUUUUGGGUGGCGAGUUAACCUAAACUAUGAGUGUAAUGUUAAAUGUAAACCGUUUGCACAACCUCGAUUUAGUCAAGUCAUCGGUUUUAUUGGUCUGGGAAUAAGGUAUGCAAAGGAAUGGUGGAAAAUGCGACGCCUAGGCAGGAAAAUGUUUAUAGAUCACAUGGACCAGUUGUUUCACAAGGCAAUAUAUGGUGCACCUAUAGGGGGGAUUGGAUGUGGAACUAUGGGGAGGGGAUACAGAGGGGAAUUUGCCAGAUUUCAAAUGGUCCCAGGGAUUUAUGAUCACACUGUGAUUCAGGCAAAUCAGUUCAUCCUUUGCAUAAGAAAGAAUGGUAAAACAGUGUACCAGAAGGUCCUGACAGGGCAGAGGGAAACCUCUAAAACCCUGAAGUCCUGGGAGUGGGAGGAGCCACGGGAGGGUGAUGUUUACCACGCCCUGUACCCCCGGUCCUGGACAGUCUAUAACCUUGACGAGUUCAAUCUGAGGCUGAUCUGUAGACAGGUGUCCCCAGUCUACCCACAUGACUACAAGGACACAAGUUUUCCGAUGGCCGCUUUUAUCUGGACGGCUGAGAACAAAGGGAGUGAACCUCUGGAUAUCAGUAUCAUGUUCACGUUCAAGAACGGGCGAGGAGUGAAGGAUGAUGGGAAUGGAGGCUGCCACAAUCACCUGUUUGACCUUGACACAGAGGGGAAGAGAGUGUCAGGGGUCUCCAUCAAUCACAACAUACAGGACAUGAAGUGUACUUACUGUAUAGCAGGGGUACACACUGAUGAUGUAACAGUUUCAUGUAAGGAGUUCUUCAACCCCCGGGGCUCUGGUCAGGAAGUGUGGGACGACCUCAAAGAGGACGGACAGCUAAACCCUGAGGGGGAACAAGUGGAGGAGAAGAGUGGGGCGUUUACUUCCCUCUCGUCUCUACUUCAUCUUCUGUUAUAUAUGGCACACAGUGUCCUUAGAUUAUUUACAAUCCCUACAGGUAGGAAUACCUGUACAGGUAAAGGUGAGGAGAGUGCAGCAGCUGUCUGUGUCCAGGCCAGUGUCCCCCCCAAACAGACCAGGGACCUCGAGUUUACCUUGACCUGGGACAUGCCAAUCAUCCAUUUCAAAGCCAGAGAGAACUUCUAUGCAAGACGAUACACUCGCUGGUUUGGGAUGGAUGGAGAGGCAGGACCCAGGAUGUCCAGCUAUGCUGCUGCUAAUUAUAAAACAUGGGAACAGAAAAUAGAGGAGUGGCAAAAACCCACCCUAGAAAACAAAAACCUUCCUGCCUGGUAUAAGUCUGCCCUGUUUAAUGAGUUGUAUUACGUCAGUGAUGGGGGGACGGUGUGGAUUGACCCUGUCCAGGGCCAGGGAGGGAAGCUUGUGAGGGUGACAGACCCCAAAGACCCUCCCAUUGUUCAGGAGUUUAGCAGAUUUGGCUAUCUUGAAGGUCAUGAGUACAGGAUGUAUAAUACAUACGACGUUCACCAUUAUGCUUCAUUCUCCCUCAUCAUGCUGUGGCCCAAACUUCAGAUCUCUAUACAAUAUGACAUAGCCAAAGCAGUUGAAUCUGAGGAUGCCACUAGAAUCAAAUUUCUGACCAGUGGAGAAAAUGGGAUCCGUAAAAGAUUACACGCUGUGCCUCAUGAUAUGGGAGAUCCAGAGGAUGAACCUUGGAAGAGGGUAAACUGUUAUGUGAUACACCCGACCUGUAACUGGAAGGAUCUGAACAUGAAGUUUGUUCUGCAGACAUUCCGAGACUAUUCCGCUUCAAAAGAUGAGGCUUAUCUCAAACACAUGUACCCAGUAGCCAAGUAUGUGAUGGAGACAGCUAAGAAGUGGGACGUGGACAAUGAUGGCAUUAUAGAUAAUGGUGGCUUUGCUGAUCAGACUUUUGAUGCCUGGACCAUGUCAGGGGCCAGUGCCUACUGUGGUGGAAUGUGGCUGGCUGCACUGCGUAUGAUGAUAGAGAUGGCUACCAUUCUGAAGAAAGAUGAUGAUGUUCUCCACUACAGGGAAAUUCUAGACAAAGGAAAAGUGUCCUACCAAAACAAACUCUGGAAUGGUUCUUACUACAAUUAUGACUGCAGUAAAGGGGGCCACCAUGACAGUGUAAUGGCUGACCAGCUGGCUGGUCACUGGUUCCUCAAAGCUUCUGGACUACAAGAUGAUGAUAUAUUUCCACCAGACAGAGUUCUCUCCUCUUUAAAAAGAAUCUUCCAGAACAACGUAAUGAUGUUUGAGGACGGGAACAUGGGAGCCAUCAAUGGAACGCGGCCCGACGGGAGUAAAGACAUCAGCAGCUGCCAGUCAGAGGAAUUCUGGGUAGGGGUCACGUAUGGACUAGCCGCUAACAUGAUUCAGGAGGGAUUAUUGGAGGAGGCAUUUAAGACGGCCUGGGGAGCGUACCAUGUCUGUUGGGAGUGGUAUGGCCUCGCCUUCCAGACCCCCGAGGCCUAUAUGACCGACAACAUCUACCGCUCCCUAGGUUACAUGAGGCCACUGGCUAUCUGGUCUAUGCAGUGGGCGUUAGAAAAGUUUCACCCAAACUUAAUGUCCAGUUGAUGUUCAUUUCAUUUUUAUUUUAACUGUGUCCUCUUUUUUCUGUUUUUUAUUAGUCAUUUUUCCCUAAAAAUAUGUCUUAGAAGUAUGUAAAGACCUUCAAAAUAUCAGAUAGUUUGGCUCUUGAUCUGUUUGAUUGUUGAAAUCAAAUUUAUUAUUUAUUUAACUUUUCAUUUUUUUCUACAUUUCACCUUAACUCUGAAAAAAUAGUCUGUUUCAAUAUAUGAAUUCCAAGUAUGUGUUCUUAAUUAUUUGCAGACCUUUUUAAAAUACAAGUAAUUGUUGCUGUAGUUUUCUUUGUAAGAGUCAAACACUGUGUUUUCUAUAAUUAUUGUGCAAUAUUUCUAGUCCCAUUAAGAAUUUAUUAGUUUAAAGUAUUUAGAGUUAUUCUUUACAAUUUCAAUAUCUUUAAUGGCUGUAUUUUUAAUGAAGUAGGAAAUUAUAUCACAUUAUGCAAUUCCAUUUUAAAUAUAUACAGUCUGUUUCUGUAAUCAUUUGUUUAUAUUGUGUACCAUUUGUAUUAUGAAUUGUAUGGGUGCCCUUUUUUUAAUGGGAUCAUGUAAAAAAAAGAUGUUAUUAUGUUAAAGAAUUCUUGUUACAUUUACCUUUGACAUGUGAUAGCCGAAACAUUUAUCAGGAUAAAAUGAAAGUUAAACAUCCAUUCUGAAUUUAUUUUGAUUUUAUAAGAAUGCUUUGUUUUAUAGUAUUGCAUAAUCUCUUUUUAUAUAAUUGUUUUCAAAUGUACAUUUAAAAAUCAAUAAUCACAUUUUUACUUUUUAUACCCUCACUCCAAAGGUAAGGUGGUAUACUGUUGUACCCUUGUGUGUCUGUCUGUCCAUUACAUAUUUUUUGUCCAAGUUUUAUCAGCAACAACUUGUGAAAGAUGCUUGUACUUUGAGUACACAGCUUUGGCAUGCAAUAUGACUGGAUUCAUUUUUUGUACGAGUUUAAUGUUAACUUCCUUUUUAUCUCUGCAUCUUUUUCCUGCCAAAUUCACAUCAGAGCAAUGUAUUGCUAUCAUUUGGUGAAUUCCCUAUGAAGUUGUUGAUUGUUGACACUGAGGGAAUGAUGGUUUGAACACAAAUCUUGAGAGCAUAAAACAAAAUGGAAACAGAUUUGUUAACAAUGUAUCAGUUAUGUAAAUGUAUCAUCAUAGUGAACUCUGAAUAACUGUUUUAUGAAGGUACAUGUAUGCACACAUGG